UUGAUGCAUUGAAGAAGUUCGUUUCUUUUAUUUAGAAAGUGGUUGUAAUUAUUUCCUCUAGCGUAUUAAGUCUAUUUACCUCUUGAGUAUUGCGCCAUCAUCAACUUCAUUUACUCAAACCGCACAUACAUGCACAACUAACCAUUCGCUUGAACUUAUGAGCUAAAGAAACAAUCGAGUGUUAACCACGCUACAGCCGUCACGUACUUCAUUAAUCAUUACUAGUAUCUAAGGUUCCAUAAUAUAAUCUAAGGGAUCUACCAAAAGAGGGACAUUUCUCUCCAGCCAAAAGGCAUCGUGCACAACAAAUUCAAGCCUUAACUCGCUACUGUAGCUGCAGAAGUGAGGCAGUAUGUCGCUGGAAGUGCGCGUGAAAGUAGAAUCUUUGGAGGAUUCGGAGGUGUCGCUAGCUGAUGUUUGGAAGGACAACAACAUGCUUUGUGAUACAAGCAGUUCACAAGCAGUAGAGUACGACAACACAAUAUGUGUGAAGGAGGAACCAAACGAGUUAGACUUGAAGGCAGCUCUGUCCAGCCUGUACACCAACCACAUGGUCAACGAUGAGCUUGUAUUGGGGCCAGAAUGUGCGCAGUCCAAUGAUGACAAGCAUCAAAAACUAGUAAAUUUUAACCAAGCACUUACCAAGAAGAAGGACUUAUUGCCUGCGCUGAGGGAUUGCUUCGUGUGUCUCGAACGCAUCCCUCACCAAAAGACUCUGCUAAGCAACACGUCCGUCACCGCGCCUCAAACACGAGCAGCGAGCCACGCUGAAGCGACUGACGAUCUACACACGAGGGACAGUGGGGCGACCGGUAAGCGACAUACGGUCGACACCGAAGAGACUAUUAUUUACAUGUGUGACUCCUGCGGUAAGACGUUUAAACGUAAAAAUAGGUUAAUCAAACAUAUUCAGUUACACCCGAAUAAAGAAAAAAAUAGCAGUGGUAAAUACAUAACGUUUAAGCACCAUAUGUGUGAAGUAUGUGGACAACUAUUUACUCAAAUAGGCCAUCUGUUCCGACAUAUUCGAAUAUACCACAAAGGAGAGAAAUAUGCGUGCAAUAUAUGUAAGAAAGAGUACACACGAUACAACAAUUUAAGGGAUCACAAUUGUGUUCAUAAUAGACAAAAGCCUUAUACUUGCGAAAUAUGCAACAGGCAUUUCACUUAUAAAACAGUUUUAAAAAUACAUAAACGUAUUCACACUGGUGAAAAGCCAUAUGAUUGUGAAAUAUGCAAUAAAAAAUUUACGUCAUCGACUAAUAUUCAAAGACAUUAUCUAACACACACUGGUGAAAUGCCAUACUCUUGCGAAAUAUGUAAUAAGAAAUUUACGCGAUUAAGUAAUUUGAAUGAGCAUAUUCUCGUUCACUCGGGGAAGAAAUAUCGCUGCACAAUAUGUAAUCGGCAGUUAUCGCGAUUAAGAACUUUAAAGUUGCAUGAAAAGAAGUACCAUACUUAGCAGAAGAUAUGUGGUGUUUUCUAUAAAAAGUAACCUUAUUGUCGAUGGCGCUUACGCCAUUAUUAACGAUGCUCCGAUAUAAAUACAAUGCCGCGCGACGCUGUGCGGCGUAAGCACCAUCAACAAUAAGGUCCCUUUUCAUAGAAAAUGUCCCAUAUUAUUUUGCCGCUCAAACGUUUUCCAAACUGCAGUAUGUCGGGAAACGUCGAGGAAAAAAAAAAGUCAUUUUUUUGCUACAUGAUUAAAAAUAUUGUUACUAAUAAGUUUAUGUUCCAUUAAAACAUCCAAUUC